UAGUUGUAUUUUGGUUAAAAGGAAAAAAAGAACAGGAUAGUGAAAAAAGAUAUAGACAAAAAAAGGAAAAAGAGAAAAGAAAAAAAAACAAGGUAAUGGACAAAGAUACUAAAACCAGGAAAAAUCCAACUCCCGGAGUAAAACCAUGCAACACCACACACAAUAUCACGAGUGAAAAAGAAAAACACUAGGGAAACCCAGCCCAGACCCUGCAGACGACCAGGUCUUAUAUUUCACACGAGGAGAUAGAGACAUAGCGCAUGUUGGUACUAUCUAAUGUUAUGUUUUUGUACGUUUGCAAUCAUGGGAUCGGGACGCUCUUUCAUAAUAAGUAGAAAGUUUGGCAUGAUAAUCUUUAUCUAAUUCGGCAGCAGUUGUUAAGUAACCCCAACAACCACGGAUAGGGCUACCUCAUUCAUGUUUCGAAAGUUGACCAUCAACGAUGGCGAUCUCUUCUUUCUUCUAGUCCCAUCCCAUGGCGGCUCAGCUGAUUGUGUCAUGUUACGGCGUCAACUCUAAAGUGAAUUUUUUUCUAGGUCAAACUGUCUUCCAACAUUGAAUAAGUUCCCUGCUACUUUCAAAGAUGACAGAAAAUAUAGUAACACAACGCAUCCGGGAAGAGCAUAGAUCGAAAUGGACUGCACGUAGCAAUCAUAAUAUAAAAUAUUUUACAGAAGAUGAGAUACGAAGAUUUACCAACAACUAUGAAACUGUACUCGGUAAAGGUGGCUUUGGAGAAGUUUAUAAAGGAGUCCUUGAGGACAAAAGUAUGGUUGCAGUCAAGAAGUUUAUCUACAAUGCAAAAGAAAUUUUUGACAAAGAGUUGAUCGUCCACCGUGAGAUCAAUCACAAGAAUGUAGUCAGAUUAGUCGGCUACUGUGUUGAUGAAAAUGCCCUUAUGGUGGUCACGGAGUAUAUUUCCAAAGGAAAUCUAAGUGACUUCCUUCACAAGGAUAGCAUUCCCAUCACUUUGGAUACACGGCUAAGAAUUGCCAUUGAUUGUGCAGAAGCAUUGGCCUAUAUGCAUUCACAAAUGUAUACUCAGGUCAUUCAUGGUGAUAUCAAGCCUGAUAAUAUACUUCUGGAUGAUGGACUCAGAGCAAAAAUAUCAGACUUUGGAAUAUCAAGACUAGUCAACACUGAAAAUACUCUAUAUACUCUAAAUAAUAUAGGAAGUAUCGGCUACAUGGACCCUCUGUUUGCUCAGAAUGGUCGCCUCACAGCAAAGAGUGAUGUUUAUAGUUUUGGAAUUGUACUCCUGGAACUGAUCACUAGAAAGAAAGCAAGACCAGAGGAUGGGGAGAUUGGCUUGGUUGAAAGUUUUAAGUCUCUUUCAAAAGGCUUUAGGAUGGUGAGGGGGAUAUUUGAUCCUGAAAUCACAACAUCAAGUGAUAUGAAGACUAUCGAAGGGAUUGCUAAGUUGGCAGGUAAAUGCUUGAAGCUGGAGCUUGACAAACGUCCUGAGAUGUUAGAAGUUGCAGAGCUUCUUCGCAAACUUAGAAAAGCUCCUCGUCAGGUACAAGGAAGACUAGCUCUGUUUUCUCGGGGAAAGAAAAAUAAAUUAGCUCCAGCCGAAACACCACCAAUUGAAAGCAGCAGCAGUACCCGAAACGUGGGAACUUAUAUUGAUAGGUUGACACUGAGAGGCCAAUUGUUCGAGCUGGAUGACCUGCUUCGACGAUCGGCUGAAGUUCUGGGCGAGGGUACAGUUGGGACAACAUACAAAACGACGCUUGAUGGUGGUUAUGAGAUGGUAUUCAAGAGGCUGAGGGAUGUGGACUUGCCGAAGGUGGAGUUUGAGCAGCAUGUGAGGAUGAUUGGCGCCAUCCAGAACAAGCACAUUGUGCCACUGCGGUGGUAUUACUACAACACGGAUGAGAAGAUGCUAGUGUAUGAUAUGAUCCCCAUGGGUAGCCUAGCAAAAGUACUCCAUGGUUAUCGAAUCCCCGGCACGACUCCGCUGGACUGGGAGCAGCGGUCGGCCAUCUCACUCGCUGCUGCACGUGGUGUGGCGGCUAUCCACUUAGCUGGACCAUCGAGCUGCCAUGGCAACAUCAAGUCUUCCAAUAUCCUGCUCACCGGCACCCACAAUGCAUGUGUGUCGGAGCACGGCCUGAUGCCACUUGGCGUGUAUUCCAAUGUCUCCGGCUACAGCGCGCCUGAGAUCUCCGGCAAUAGGUCAGUCUCCCAGAAAGCUGACGUGUACAGCUUUGGCAUCCUACUGCUGGAGCUUCUCACUCGCAAGGAUCCAGCAAAGAGCACACAAAAUGAGGAGGGGUUAGAUUUGGCACAAUGGGCAUGGUCUGUUGUACGCGAGGAGUGGACGAUGGAGGUCUUCGACGUGGAGCUCCAGCCCCUAGGACGGGAGCAGAAGGCCGGGGAAGAGGAGAGCAUGGUGCAACUUCUGCAGCUCGCCAUAAACUGUUGCAGUCAAUUUGCUGACUCGAGGCCUACGAUGUCCGAUGUUGUGCAGAAGAUUGAGGCAAUCCACAAAGUCCUGACUCCUGACCAAGAAACUUGCACAUCAUAGUGAGUGAAAGUUUUGCAUUCACAUGUCAUAUAUUUUCGGGACCCCCCUUUCAGCUGGUUCUGGCCGAGAACUGCUAUCUUGAAAAAGAAUGUUUUCAUUGCAAGUUUGUAACGGAUCACCCGCCCUACAUGUUAUUGGAAUAUAAACUCUGCAAGUCUAAGCUGCAAUGUUUGUUUAGAUAUACGAUUCCCCCCCCCCCCCCUAAGUUAUCGCCAGGGAAGAAACAGUAAUGAAGAAGAUGCAAUCAUGUUUGGUUUAGACUCAUGUAAUAUGUUUCAGGAGAAGGGACUGUCCCGUUCCUCUUCAUGUUCAAUUCUGCAAUUACGACGGAAAUACGCAUCGAUUUGUUUCAUUCAACAGAAAUAAGCAUCAAUUCUACAGAUUACAGAUGAAUAGAGCACAUCAAGCCAAGAAUUAGAAU